AACGCAAAAGGUGAGGUUGAGAGUCUCCAUUUCACACCCACACACACCAACACACACUUAAAAUCACACACACUUUCAAGAUUUCUUGAGUUUCUUAACUCUGUUUUGUAACCCCCCCCCCCUCUGAAUCUCCCCGCUUCUGUUCAUCCCUUUCUGUAAUCAUCUGUCUUUCAACAAAACGAAAAGAAAAAAAAACUGAUAAUUGAUUUGGGUUUGUUUCUUUUGAUAAUUCUUGUGAACAAAAAAGCAAACUUGAUUUUGAUUUUAAUUUUUUUUUCUCCAGAAAAACGAGAGAGAUCAGGUGUUUUCAGAAUAGAGAUCCAGCUUUUUUAUUUGGGUUCUAUUUCUAAUUUUCUGUAAAUCUUCAUCACAAUCACACCUUUUAGGGUUUAUUUUUGUCCCUCAAGGUUGUUGAUUCUUACACUUUUUAGUAUUUGGAGAAAAGGGUUUUGAUUAUUUGUUGAAAACCCCUCUAUUUUUCUCUUAAUUUUCCUGGUUUUUUCUUGGGAAAAUCUUGAAAUUAUCACCUGUUUUGUUGAUUUUGGUAAACAAAAAAAGGUGGGUUUUGUUUUUCUUUGAUUAUUUCUUUGUGAAAAUUAAAAAAAAUGGCUUCUGCUACAAUGGAGUUUUGGAAUAUUAAUGAUUUCCAGCAGAGAGCUUCAGGAGGUCUCUUUAAUGGCGGUGAGCUCAUGGAAGCACUUGAACCUUUUAUCAAAAGUUCUUCAGAUUACCAAAACACCCUUCCUUUCUCUUCCCCUUCUACUUCAUAUCCAUACCCUUCUUCGUCUUUUUCUACUUCUUCAUCUACCCAUCAAGAAUCCGGGUUAUACCCUGAUGGUUACACCCACGGGUUCUCGACCCAAGAUCCCUUUGGUUAUGAACAACCCGUUUCAUCAUUUGGGUUGAACCAACUGACGCCGUCUCAGAUUCAUCAGAUCCAAGCCCAGAUCAAUUUACCCACCUUUAAUAAUUACCUGGCUCCGAAACCCGUGCCCAUGAAGCAAGUCGGGUCACCUCCAAAACCCACGAAGCUUUACAGGGGUGUGAGGCAAAGGCACUGGGGAAAAUGGGUCGCCGAGAUCCGUUUACCCAAGAACCGGACCCGGCUUUGGUUGGGGACGUUUGAUACAGCCGAGGAAGCUGCGUUGGCUUAUGAUAUAGCUGCAUACAAGCUGCGUGGUGACUACGCGCGGCUCAACUUUCCUCACUUGCGUCAUAACGGCUCUCUUAUCGGCGGCGAGUUUGGUGACUACAAGCCACUCCACUCCUCCGUCGACGCUAAGCUACAGUCGAUUUGCCGGAGCUUGGCCGAGGGAAAGAGCAUCGACGUCGGAAAGAAGAAAGGUUCACGGCGGUCAUCGGCUGCGAAAGCACGGACUGUGGUGGAGCAGCCGGAGGUUGUGAAGGUUGAAGGCUCAGAGAGCGACGGUUCCGGCGGGUCGUCGCCGUUGUCGGAGCUGUCGUUCCCGGAGUUCACGGAGGAGGAAAGCGCGUUGUGUGGAUCGGAUAAUUUGAUAUUGGAAAAGUAUCCGUCGUAUGAAAUCGAUUGGGGUUCUAUAUAGCGUACUCGUAGUUUCUGUAGUUCAGUUACAACUGCCGUUAUUAUUGCAACUGGCAGUAUUUGUUGUAGGGGUAUAUUUUGUAAUUUGUAGGGUCUAGGAGGGGUUGUUUGUAAAUCUAGAAAAGAGGAGGUGCUGCAAUGGAGUUUUUGGCAAUUGCAGAGCUCACUGCUUUUCUGUAGUGGGUAGUUACGUUUUUUUAAUUUCUUUAGGUUUUUUAUUCUGUAAUUUUCUUUAUUUUUAAUUUUCUAAGUUUAAUUAUUAUGCCUUCUUCCUUUUGUAGAAAAUACGAGUGUUUAAUGAAUUUCUUGGUUAUCUUU